AUGGCGUUAUCAGAAGAAUCGAUACCAAAAUUGUAUCCUAACUCAAACCGAUUAUCUAGUGGUAAUAUUAGAGACUCCACGACGAUACAAGCCUCGUCCACUCCUCCUCCUCCUGAUAUAUCAACUAGUACCCCAAUUGAAACUCCUUGGUAUCAUAAAAGAUCAACUGGAUCAGAAACUGAUGAAGAUGAUGAUGACAAUAAAGAUAGCGAUGAUGAUGAUGACGAUGAUUAUUAUCAAGACGACGGCGAAACAAUACAAAAGACACCAUCCCCAAAUAAACUGAAAGGUUACAGAUUUACCAAUCAAUUUGAUUUUGCAUCGACUCCAUUGAAUCUGAAUUGUACUCUUUCAUUUUCAUCUCCUAUGAAUAAGCUCAAUCAACUAAAUUUGGAAUCUGAACUCGAUAUUGAAGGGUUUGAAGAAAAACAUCUAAAAGAGCAACAAGAUGAAGAAGAUGACGAUGAAUAUUCAUUAGGGAAUAAAACAAUAACUGCACCUGAAUCUGAAUCUGAUUUUGAUCAAUAUGAGGAGAUUGAUAUUAAGUUUGAACCAAAAUAUAUAAGUUCACGAAGGAAACGAGUGCAUCUGGAAUCUCCCGAUAUGAUGGUUUUAACUCCAAACAUCAACUACAAGAAUAACAUUAAUGAGAAAAAUGAUUUCAAUGAUAUGUCCAUUUGUAACACCACCACAACAACAACAACAAAUACAUCGACCAUUAGUGCAUCAGCUUUUAAAUUUAGUUUUUCCAAUACUAGCGAUUCAACACCUUGUCCCCGACAACCUAAACGGAAGAGAUUGAAAUUUAAACAUGAACUGACAAAAAAUAUAUUGGAUUUGAAUUAUGCAAAAAAAUCUAUACUAUCACAACCACUGUCAUUCCCAUUAUAUAAUGAUGGAGAUGAAUUGUCUAAUGAAAGAUAUUGUAAUGAUGAUGAGAAUAAUAGCGGUAUCAGUAGUGGUAGUACAGACAAUAAGAGUAUCACCAGUAAACUAGAGUCAACGCCGAUUUCACAGUCAACACCAGCAUCACUGAGGGCUUCAUCACCACCACCACCACCACAACCACAACCACAACCACCAAAACAACAAUCUUCAGGUCAAGAAUAUGGUGAUACAAUCAAUGGGUACAAAUUUGUCAAACCUAAGAGCCCAACAAACAAUACUAAAUUCCCUCAAUUCAAAUACGAAACACCUUUAAAUAAUAAUCGUUACCAUCAAUUGUGUCAGGAUUAUAAUAGCAACAAUUAUCAAAUAAUGAAUGAAUUACCUGUGACAGCAGCUGGGUUGAUGCCUCAUGCAGACGAAGACGAUGAUGAUAUCCAUAUUGGUGAUCGUCGAAUAGGUGAUCCUUAUUUAAAUAUACUGAGAGGAAACGACGAUAAUGACAACAGCAUCAACAACAACAAUAACGCUAAUGAUCAUGGAAGUAUUAUUAAUACUCAACUACGAGAAAUGUAUUUCACGGAAAAUAGAUUACCAUUACCGACACCUUAUUUUUAUGAAUUGAAAUCAUUAUCAGUUGACCAAAUAUUGCCAUUAAUAAAUUAUGAUAAUCUAUUGAAAUUUUAUGAGACAAUUUUAGAUGAAAAUGAAAAUGAAACUUUAUUUGAUUUAUUAAAACAAGAACGAAUUCGAUGGCAUCCUGAUAAAUGGAUAGGUAAAUUGAAUCAAAAGGAAAUGAACGUGGAUGUUGAUUAUGAACUUACUAUAAAAAUAGUUGAUACAAUUAGUCAAACGAUAAACUCAAUAAUUGAAUCGUUAUAA